UCAAAAUGUACAAAAUUUUAUGCGCAUUUUUCGUUUUUAUUGCUGUUGGACUCGCAGCAGAUCAAAUACUUAUGAUAACAAGGGCGUAUGUUGUUAAAAGGAAAAAUAGUCCCACUAUCACUGUAAAAUCAGCUAAUUCAACAACAAACAUUACUUGGAAUAAAGAGGUUUCAGAAAAAAAUAAUGCUUUCAGAGCGACUUAUGAAAUAACUGAUCUCUCACAAAAUAAAACAAUGCGUGCAAGCUCUGCAAAUUUGUGCACUAUGGCAAAAAAGGGGAGCAAAGAAGAAAUUUAUCAAACUUAUUUUUUGAAUAUUUUAGCAAAUGCCAAAAGUUGUCCGAUUAAGAAGGGUACAAAAAAAAUUUUCCGACCUCGAUAUUUUUAUAAAUUUCCAGGUAAUAAAACUACAUGUGUAAAAAUUAAAGGUGUCUUUAAAUUAUUUGAUAAGAGUGACAAAAAUGACAAAAAUCCUGUCUUAAUACAUGGCUUCCGAGGAUCAAAAAUUACCUGUUAAAUUAUGUCUCUGAAAAAUUUAAUAAAUUAAUUUAUUUAUACCAUUACAAGUUGUUCAUUAAAUUAUUUUAAAAUAAAUUUCUUUUUGAGGAAGCAAAAAAA